UCCUUGACGUAACUGUGAUAAAUGUUUGUAGCCCCGCUCACCCAGGGGCUGGGAAGGUUCAACAUUCCUCUGUGGCGCAGAGGGAAGGGCUGGGGGGGAUAUAAAGACCCCACCGAGGGGGCAGAAGCGAAGAGUGAGCAGUUUCCAUUUGUCCAGCAGAAGUUCCAGCAGCUGCAGGAGAGUUUCAACAUGAGCCGCAGUCCCGAGAGGAUGUCUUCGUACCGCCGUCACUUCGAGGGCGCCUUGACCGCCACUGCUGCGGCGCAGUUCCGGGUCUCCAGCCCCUCUCCCACCCGCAGGGAGACCCAGACCCGCCACCGCUCGGUCAGCUUCACCCGCAGUGGUGGGACGGUGGGGCGCAGGGCCCUCUCCAAUAAGGCCCGCACGACCAGCAGUGUGAGUAUGGGAGCGCUCUGCUUUGGUAUGUCCAUUGGUCUUGGGCCAAAACUAGACCUGGACGCAGCUGCAGCGGAGAACCAGGUCUUCAUGAUGACUAGAACCAAUGAGAGGCAGGAGAUGGUGGCCCUCAAUGACCGACUGGCAGCUUACAUUGAAAAGGUGAGAACACUGGAGUCGGAAAACAAACUGCUGGAGGUUGAGAUCGAGGCCCUGAAGGGUCGCCAUGUCAAACCGUCAGGCCUCAGGCAGCUGUACGAGUCUCAGCUGAGGGAACUCAACAGGGAGGCUGAGCAGAUGAGAGUCCAGAGGGAUAUGUCUUUGGCAGCCAAGGAGGCGAUGUUGGGCCAGUUGGACAUGAUAAAGGCCAAAUAUGAUGACGCUGUGUUGUCCAGGAAGAAGGCAGAGCAUGACAUUGAGUCACUACGUCCAGACGUGGAUAAAGCGACCUCAGCCCGGAUUACUCUGGAGAAGCAGCUGGAGAACCUGGAGACUGAGCUGGCCUUCCUGCAGAGAGUUCACAAGGAGGAAAUCGAGGAGCUCGUGCAGCAGAUCUAUUCAGCAACCGCCAAGGUGGACAUGACCUUCGGCCUCCCAGACCUCUCCUCCGCUCUAAGACAGAUUCAGUCUCAGUAUGACAGCAUCGCCGCCAAAAACCUACAGGAAAUGGACACCUGGUACAAGGCAAAGUUUGAGGACCUGGGCAAAGCCUCCAACAAACACAUUCAAAGUGUUCGAAGUGUGAGAGAGGAAAUCGCAGGCUAUAAGAAGGAUGUCCUCAACAAGGAGCGGGAAUUAGAGGCACAGAAGACAAGGAAUGAGUAUCUGGAGGCGCAGAUCCGUGACGCAGCCGUGAAAUACAAAAAGGAGGAGGAGGAUUUACAGGAACGUAUAGAAUCGAUUAAACUGGACCUGAACGUGACGAAGGAGAAGAUAGCUCUGCUGCUGAGGGAAUAUCAGGACCUACUUAAUGUAAAGAUGGCUCUGGAGAUCGAGAUAACCACCUACAGGAAGCUGAUCGAAGGGGAAGACAGCCGUCUGAGCAACAUGGUUCAUUACCUGUGUCUGACUGGAGGCCUGUCCCUCACUUCCAGCGUUAGCAUGCGCGCUGCCUCAGCUUCAGCUCUAGAGAGCCAUGCACCUGCAGCAACGUCAGAGCUGCGUGACGCCUCCAGUGAGAGGGGCAGCGGAGCGGCUGAGAAGCCGGUGGAUGCCAGAAGAGCACGAGUGGAGGUGGUCUCAUCAGACACCCAGACAGACGGGAGCUUAGACUCAAAGCAGGCUACAGAGAUGUCCGAGAGGAAGACUCUCCUCAUCAGAACAGUUAAGACAGAUGGGGACACGUAUGAGAGCAACACACAGGAGCGCACCAUCACCAUUUCUGGAGCAGCCGAUGACACAGAUGAAGAAUAAUCCCUUUAUCUUUUACCUGCCAACUAUAUUCUGAACUUCAUUUCAUGUUACUUAAGUCAGAUUCUUUUCUUAAGUCUUUGAAAAAUGCUCAAGUUAAAAAAUUAAUCUGAGAGAGAACACACUGUACAACAGCAAGGGGAAUACCACCUUGUAUUGCAAUGUCCAUUUCAACGGUUGUGUUCAUCUUCCACGGAGACUUCACACUGUGGCCCGUCAGUCUGCUCUGCCUGCUCCUAACUUCUUCAGCCUCUCCUCGCCUCUCAGCUCAUUUAAUCCUCCUGUGUCCAGCGACUCUGUCUUUGAAAGUAACAAAAUAAAGUGCAAGCAAGUAUA